AUGCCUCGCGCCCCUUCCAGCAACAAGCGACAGCAGGGAGCCGCGAGCACUCGCGAUACUCGACAUGAGAACGGCCUCGUAGGCCCCGGAAAGCGCAUCACAAGGCAAAGGAGCCAGAACCCCAUUGACGGCAGCCCGCGUCCCGCUGCCGACGACAAUGCCGCCGUCGGCCUCGCAGCGCAACCAGCAACAUCAUCAUCAGCCUCAGCUCCCCUCGCAAAUGGUUUCGCAAAGCACGACGACGACAUGGCCCCCGAACACAGGACCACCGAGUCGUUGCGGAGGGCAUCGCUAGGCACAUACUCGGAGGCAUCCUCCUCCGAGUCUGUCUCCAUGCCGAAUGGCGUCCACCCCGUCUCGGAGGAUGCUCCCAUGCGGAUUGACGUGAACGCAGCUAAGAACACCAACGUUCACCGUGACACCGGUCCCAUCGACUACGCUCUGACUGUCCUCCGAUCAUGCCCUCUGCACGACACCAUUGCUAUACUCAUCAUUCUCAUGCAGCUCUCCCCCGUCGCCCUCUCCAGCAUAUACAUGCUCUUCACCCUCCUCACUUUCGUCCCGCCCGUCACCACAAGCUCUGGACUCAGCCUCACCGACAUCUUCGACGGAGUCAGUACCACUAGUUUGUGGACACUGAUCGUCCUUGAUCUUGUCUUCUUCCUGGUCUGGAUCAUCGUGGGAAUGCAAGAGAUCGUUCUUGAUUUCGCGCAGGUCGUCAUUGCCUUGACCCUCGGCGGCGGGGCGAGCUCCAGGGCUGGCACAACACACAACAUCUUUUUCUGUGCUGCCCUUAUUCUUUUCUCUCAUUUUGGUCGGAUACCGGCCAUAAAACGCUUCACCAAACUUGGGGCUUUAUUCGAGGGAGGCCCUUUUGGGUCUCCCGACAUCAGCGAGUCUCUUGAAACAUCCGUCUCAGCCUAUGCAAAGAAAGGUGCCUAUGGCUGGGUCAGAAGCGCUUUAGCGAUACAUAUCCUUAUGCAAGGAAUCGUGCGUUAUAUAAGGGAUUGGUACCUUCGCAGAGAAAAGCGCGACCAGCUCUCACAGGGCCAGCUUGACCCGGAGGCUGGGAAGGGCGCCGCGUUCUCUGGAGAUGGCUCCACAGACGGCGUACCCAACACGCCCGACCCCGAUAUAAUCGCACAGACAACUGCAACAGCGGUGUCUAGUAAAAAAAGGCGAAAGCAGAGCGCCCAAGUGCGUAUACGACAACCACUGUGGGCUGCUCUUGCAAGUACCAAAAUUGUUAUGGUAAAAGAGUACGAAUUAUCACACGCAACAUCCGAGUCCGCCGGCUCAAAUGCCACCGACAUUCACAACCUGGGCAACGCGCCUUUCAACACACAGCCAGAGCAGAUUUGGAUCUGCUAUGUUGGCUGUGAUGAAGUCUGUUUCAAUACAAGCCACUUCCCGGACAUACACUCAUCGGGACAGUCCCAUGAGAAUGGCAACGCCGCUUCGUCCGGUAUUGAUACAACCAAACCUUUCUAUGUUAGAGUGAAUAAUGCCGUCUGGCAGCCGACACGUAUCAUCCCAGUCGAGAGUGGGGAAGAAGAAGGUUGUCAAGGUACACGAUGGACAGGAGACAUUUACGGACUAACACCCAUGUCAAAGUAUGAAUGCGAGUUUGUUAGCACACGAACCGGCGAAGUCCUGUUCUCUACCAGUGUUAGGACCAUUCCAGCGAAACUCAGGGAUUCUGAUAUGGGCUCCCGGUCACAUGGAACUCCUCGUCAAUAUCGUCACGAAUCGCCGGCCACCACUUUGAAGAACUCUAUUGCCGGCAUGGAGGCCAAGCUUGCUGAUGAGAAGGCUCGUCUCAAGGCUUUACGCAAAGAGAACAACAGGAGGACCAACGCGGCUAAGAAGGAGAUCGAAAGGCUAACCACAGCCGUUCAAUCGGCUGGCGGGAAUGACGAGAAGCUACGCCAGAAGAUCGCUCAAAACAGCACGCAGCAGAAGCAGGCAGAACAAUCCCUACUUGAACUGGAAACUGAGCUAAAGGAAUUGGAGACCAUUCCUGAGGAAGUUUUGACCGAAUACCGCCAAAAGCAGGAUCUGUACAAAGCUGAGAAAGCCCAAUACGAAGGAGCCCGUGCCACGUACAAGAGCGUUAAGUCCUCUUUUGAUGACGAAGUCAAGGUUCUCGAAGAGGAUCAGGCCAGUCUCCAGGCUAAACGCACGAAGAUCGCCGCACGUCUGGCCAAAGUCGAGAGCGAGCAUGGACGUAUAACAGACGCCAAUGCUCGCGGACUUGAUGAGGUCGACCGUCGCCGACAGGAACGUGCCGCCUACGAGGCGGAACAAGCUCGAGCUGAGCAGGACUAUAGUGAACGUUGGGAAGCUCUACGUGCUCGGAAUGACGAGAAGACGCAGACUGCCGCCAACAUGGCAGCAGCUCUCCAAAGUUACAUCAACAACUUCAACCACGCUGACGGCUCCUUUGAAAACGGGCAAUACUCGAACACGUAUGGUCCUGCUCCGUGGACCCAAUCGUCUUCGCAUUACCCCAAUGCCAUGUGGUCACCUGGUAGCUCCGGCGCUCCCGCUCCCGCCAUCAUGUCCACUGCUCCUGGCGGCCCGCCUCCCCUGUUCCCGCACCAGCAAGCUCCUCACUUCCACUCUCACCCGUUGCCAAAGUCUCGUGGUCGAUCUUCCUCGAUGCUUAGUGACAUCUCUGGAUUCACACAAUCCACAGAUGAUGGUGACAACCUCAAUGGAAGCAACAACGGCUCGAGCAGCAGCGGCAACAAUACGGCAUCAUUCGUCCCUCCCAUCCUCAACCAGGGCUCUCAGCCUUCAUUCCAUGCUCACCCCAGCAUGCGAGGCCCCACCCUGCCAUUCGUUCGCACUCGAAAGACGAGCGAUGGCGGGUCGGGCUCUGGGUCAGCCCUGAGUUCCGAAGGGAGCAGCGGUAGCCGGAGUGGAGGAAGUGUUCGGGAUCCGACAAGUCCCAUAUAG